AUUCUGGAGCGCUUUUUGGUGUGCUUUCGAUUGUACGGCUCUGUUUUCUCAUGAUGGUUUGUUUCUGAAAUAUGGUAAGUCAGUCUGACUCUCUUCAUACAAACGAAUCUUAAAUGACAAAUUUCUUGGUUGUCGCUCCAAUAUAUAUAAUGUUACGUCGAAAUGAGUUGUGUUGCUUGGUUAGUGGGGAUCACAAAUGGAUCAGCUGUUCCCAUAUGUCCGUUGCUAUCUUGCCUCUGAUAGUAAUUCCUUUCAUAUCAAAUUAAGACAGAUUCGCCAAACGCUUUUCAGAUUGAUGCUCUGGCCCUUUAACUACUGGAUGAUGCCAUUCUUGAACAAGCUCGUACACUUUCAUAAAACUUUUGUUUGAAUAUUGAAAAAGCAUAUUUACACAAGUCUUGAUUUUUAUUUAUGGCAGCGUUUUAGUCCAUGCUUUUAAAUCCGCCGUCUAGUUAGCUAUCCAACGUCCUGCUGUUGGAACUUAAAUAUUUAGACCCUUAAAGGGUACUAUAGCCAUCCCAUGUGUUUGUGGAAAUGAACAAUUCAAACCUACUUGGUCACCAGCAGUAAUUGCCUUUUGCGUUUGUACUUUUUUGUGCAUGAAACGUGCUUGAGCAUUAAGACAAGGUAUGAUUAUUUUUUUAUUAGUCUUAAGUACUAGGAUAUCGUUUGGAGAUAUAGAUCAAGUAACUAUGCUGAUAGUACUAGUUUAUUUUAACUUAUUUUGUGAUGCCCUACUUAGAAAAGAUACAAAACAUCUAACGGAAAAUUAUUUCUGAACAGUGGAUAAAAACCGUGUUUUAGUCCAACCAAACGACGAAUUAUUAACCAUACCUUAGAGUGCUUAUCAAUAAAAAUGGAUGGUUAUCAACAAGAUGUUUGUUGAAUAUUUACAUUCGUAUCAAGAAUAGUUGAGGCUUAUAAAAACAAAUAUCCUCUUUGGAUAUCUUGUAAUAUUGGUAUAUACCAGACACUGCUGUUAAUGUCAGAGCAUGUGAUUAUGGACGAAGGUAGACUUGAUACACUCGUGUCAAGUUCAUCUGGAAAAGGUUAGCGUUUUAGUCAUCAUAGAAAUCUCAAUCUAAGAAACCAUACCUUGUCUUGGUCUUCAGGGACUGACCUAUAUUACCUGGAAGUUCACUGAAUAACUUAGAAUACUUAUGUCAUAGUUCUGUUCGGUGAAGGUGCUGGUAUAAUGCAGAGUAUUAUAACCUUAAGUAACAGUGCAGGCAUUUAAGGUGUUUCUUCAUCUCAAUGUGAAAUUUUGGUUUCAGACUGAUCUGAAUAAUAACAUAGAUUAAUUGUUUCCAUAGACAUAAAGAGUUCAUCAUUUGUUCAGUGCAUGACAUGGUGUCGUGGCAUGAAAGAAAGCUGCAAAGGACUGGCUUUUGUUGGUCCUUCACGACUCCCUGGUUGGGGUCUGAGAGAUGGUGCUACACAGUGGCUAGAGACGUUAUCAGAUAUGGCUCAGAAUAGAAGCCAGGGGUGAUCCUGCUGUAACCUUUUACUUUCUUCGUAAAAAGUGGUUGUGUCUCCCUUACCUGAAAGUUUUCUUCUGAUUGUACCUUUCCGUUCCCUCAUUCCUACCAUACUACCUUACACCAAUCUCCUCGUUAUUGUUCCCUUUUUUUUCGCCCCUUAGCCUUUUUUUUUUCUAUUUCUAUUCGAAUUCUCAUUGUUUUGUGUGGUGCAUAUAUAUUGGCGCUCUCUUGUACCAAUAUUCAUGUGUUCAAAUAAAAUAAAAAUAAAAUAGAUUAAUUGUUGGGAGUGAGGCAGUGUGGUGUACCGACCACUAACCUUGGAAGUCUCUUUGACCCUAGUAAGUUGGUGACUGAAGAAACAUUCAUACUACAGAAAGCUUAGUUGGCUUUUGCAUAUCUACAUCACUUGUCGCGUAGGUGAGAUGUUCAGUCACACGGCGAGUAUACUGUCAGUUAGCUCUGUCUUACUGUAUGACCGGGAAACAUAGUUCCUGAUAAUAAAAGAUGGAUGGGCUGAAGAUUUUUUGCCGUAAGUGUCUUCAAAACUCCCACUUUAUCGUAAAACGAUCUACAGAAUAAUGUUGAGUUUGACCAUAGAGUACUAGGCAAAUAUGGGAAAUCAGUUGAUGAGAUUAUUGAUUUUCGGCUGAUGUAUUUAAGACGUGGCACUCAUGCUUGACCACUAUCUACUUUUACGGGCAAUGUUUACCUUUGUAGGAAUAGGUCGGAAAAAUUGUAGGGGAGGCUACAAGAAGGCGUAGCAUCAGAACAUGAAAUCACUGACUGUUGUUGUGAAUCAUGUUGGUAGACGUUGACCACCUGGUUGGAGUCUGCACGAUAACUGCGUCCGUUUUUAGACGGGUAUAAUGUCUUGAAAUUGGUAAUAAUAGCUCAUUUGCAUUCAUUCAUUUUACUCUAGAUCUUGAGCUUUAUUAUUCCUUGCUACAUAUCUUUGUCUUCUCUAACCAUGUUGUCAAUCGCUAGUCUCCCACAUUAUCUACUACAGUAUUUCUAUUUAUAAUUUUAUGUCAUCUUGCUGAUGUAUUUUGGUCUAACGCAUAUAUGUGCGAACACUACGUUGAUUAUGACCGACUAUUAUGUUUCCUAGAAUACUUUACUCGUUUUAUUCAACUGCCGUAAGACGUUCACGUAUUUGCAUCAUUAACACAAUCUAGUCUUUGAUUGGUGGGGUAUUUGUCAAUAAUUGUCAACUAACUUUCCCAUAGUGGCUUGAAUCCACAAAAUUUGUAAUCACAAAACGGUACUCUUCAGCAGUACGUAAAUCUAUAAUUUUUAAUGUAGUCUGUCUUGUAGCUUCUGCGAUCAAUUAGUAAUAACUUUAAACUGUUGAUAUAACUAGAUAAGCCGAUCAAUCAGUCUGUCUGGACUCAUUGUCGUAUAGUCUCUCAGUAUCUAACAUGAAUAAAAACAGCUCAUGCAAAGUAGCGACAUUCGCUUCAGGAUGAUUUCCUAAGCCAUUUGCUCAAAGUAAUUAACGUUUGCUAAUUAGAUACGUGAUAGUCAUUGGGGGAAACGAAUAGUACAUCAGGUUUGUUUUACUUUUGCUGUUGAAACUGUUACUGUUUUUGGGAACAAGGAGUAGUUUCAUAAAGUUCUUAUGGAACUCACUUUUUGGUAUUCGGUCCUGUUCAUUCGCUUUCCAAUUCUGUUUUCGAUUUUAAUUUAAGAACUAACAGUUCCGUGCUGCUUCCACACAAUAACUAAAAUAAUUUUUAUUUGGUAGCUACUCCGUUAAUUCUGCGUGUCCUGUUCAAUGUCAGGGAGCCUCAUUAGUCAGCGUGAAGAGCAGCCAGUGUUGGUCCUUACCUGUCAGCGAGAUUCACACCCUUUUCAGGACCGCAUAAUUAUACUAAAUGAGAUAAUAAAAGUUGGACGUUCAGUGGCCCGCGCCAAACCUACAAAAACCAAUGCGAUCUUCGACUGCAAAGUCUUGUCGAGAAGUCAUGCAUUGAUAUGGCACAAAGGUGAUCGGUUUUGGUUACGUGACACAAAUAGUAGCAAUGGAACUUUUGUCAAUAACACAAGAAUAGUGAAAAAAAAUGAUGAAGAUUUUGCCGACCGUGAGAUAUUUUCCGGUGAUAUCAUUCGUUUUGGAGUAGACGUCGUUGAACAUGAUACAACUCACGGCUGCAUCAUAGCUCAAGUUGCUUUGUAUCAUCCUAAUGGAACAGAAGCAAAACAAAGCGUUGAUUAUGUCAGUAGUAAUAAUGCUUUGACUGGUAUCGAGGCACUCCAUACUGAACAAAUGUUCCGCUUCACACAUUACAUUAGCGAGGCUUUAUUUCGGGAACAAGUUCUGGACACAAAACUUGAGUCUAUCAAACGGCUCCUACAAGAGGCACAAGAAAUUUCUGAGGCUGGUUGGCAAGCUAUGGUGGAUGAAGAUCGACUUUUGGAGAAGCUAAGUCUCUAUGAAACUCAACUAUCUUUGUUGAAGCAAGAUUUGCCCGAGAAUUCGUUACAGUCGCAUCUAAUGCAGGCUCUAGAGGAAAAAUUUAAUCUUGAGAAAGCCAGUAAAAUAAUGUUGGAACGCCUGUUAAACGAGAAAGCGGAAGUGUUUAGCAAAGCUACAGAUCUUGAGCAUUCUUUGGUCGUGUCUCAAAAAGAGUGCAUUCGCCUUCGUCAAGACUACGAAAAUAUCCAAGAAGCGUACCAGAAUUUGGCAAAUGAUAGGCAGUCGAAGCAAGUAGCAUCAGAGGGAUCAAAGGAAAGCAAAAUCGAAAAAUCUGAUGUGAAAGUCGAAACUGACCAACUUAAAGAUGAAAAAGUGCUUGGAAAAGUUUUCGACCAGUUUCUAUAUUCUGAUCAUAGAGCAAAUAAUAGACAAGCCCUUGAUAGCCAUAACGGUAAUGAUGCAAACAUACUUAUGAAUGGUUUAGACAAUGGCAUUUCGAAAAUCCCUGAGAAUUAUGAUGAUAAGUUAAAUAAUAUCAACGAACGAUUCGGUAUGCAAAAUAAUUUCGAUUUAUUGAAAUCAUCGGAACCUGAUAAUUUCUUCGGUGUUCAAGGGCAACAUGUCACCACAAAUGAUGAAUCUCAUAACGGUCAUACAUCUAUUCGGAUAAUUGAAGGUAUUCGGCUUUUCAAUCAAUCAAAUCAAUUAAUCAAAUUGCUUCAAGAUGAAUUAAGUAUUUUGGCCAAGAUAAAAAGGUCAAAUGAAUCAACUCUUUCCUUACCGGUGAAUUCUGAUCCAGCUACAAACAAUAUUGAUUCUUUUGAGUCUCUUGAUAAUGUUGAUCCUGAUAAAACUUCAUUGAAAAGACUCGAUGUUGCUAAUUGUAAAGAAAAUAAUUUUGAAACUGCCUUACAACGUGCAACAGAGUAUGCUACUUUAGUUGCCAAUCUUCAACGUCGUGUGGGUGCUGAUUUAAAUUCUUUGUGUUUACCACCGAAUCUUCAUAAUAAUGCUGAUAUUUUUAAUAUUCACAAUGAUUUAUGUAUACCUCCUGCCGAAUUCAGGACGACUCAUAUAACUAAAAUGGAUGUUUGUCUAGGAACAGAAACCCUUGCCGAUCAUAUUCAAUCUACUGAAGUGGAUGGGACAGCCAACCAGAAAGUUGAAAUUAAUCACUUGCAAGCGUACAGAAUGGAUAAAGAUUCACAUACAGAUGAAGAACUUUCAAAACUACACAAUGAGCUAAUGGAAUCCGUGAAUGAGAUUGAAACUUAUAAACAGUUGACCGAAGAUUUAAGAAAACAAGAUGCCGCUAAAGCAGAGUUAUUGUUAUUGGUUCGAGGAGAAUGUGAUGCACUGAAAAGUCGAAUCGCUGUAAUUGAAACCGAUGUAGCAACAAGUCGUGCUGAUCAUCAUCGUCUAAUAUCUGAAACAAGAAGAGCACAAGCAGAAGCUAAUGAAUUGUUACUUGAACGUGACAAUUUAUCGAAACAACUAGAUACUGCUAAUAAUCAAAUAGAACAUUUACAAAAGCUUCUUGCCAGCACACUUUUGUGUGAUACCAAAACACAGAUUUCUAACAAGAAUUCUAUUUCCAACGAAAUAACCACUGUAAAUUCUUUAAAUGAUAAUCCUUGUCCAACUAACCAAUAUCCUACUAGAACUAGCAACGUGCCAUUGCAUGAACAUUACUUCUCAUUAUUUGCUGUCAUUCCUGUUAUGGUAUUGAUUUGUGCGUUCAUCGUAUAUAUUUUCUUGAAAUUUGUUCGAUGACCAUCUGAUUAUAUGACGUGUAUACAACUGGAUUCUCUAUACUAUUCUCUUGCUGUUAAAAAAUCGUACAAUAGUAAUAAUGCUAAUAAUUCAUUUUGAUUAGUUUUGAAACCAAUAAGGGUAGUUCAAUGUGGGAAAUUGAGAGAAAAGUGUGCAUUCAUAUUUCAGUCAGCAAUUUCGUGAAUUUCUACUCACUAUAUUGUACUUGUAUCAAUAUGUAUUGUUUUUCUCGGGGAUUAUUCAUCUUGGUUCAAUUUAUGAUCAGUUCAUCGACCAAGCAACCACGUCUUACCAUUUUUCAUCAAUAAACACGUUUUUUUAUACAUUUGUGUAGUUGAUAUAAAUCAGUAUGCUUAUUAUUGUACAUUUAAAACCAAUGACUGUCAAAAGUUAUUCAGUUUGUUUCUUCCCUGUCUGUAGUUACUUUAGAGAUUUUCAAAAAACCGCUUUUCCAUUAUUCUCUUCCUAUUACUAGUAUCAUUAUUGAAAUGUAUUUCCUGGUACCAUAAUAAAUUUUGCUAUUCUUU